UUAAAAACAAGAAUUAUGUGUGGAUUUGUUGCUUUUGAAUCGUAUUGGUGGACCUUACCAUACAUCGAGUUUACUGUGUACUGGCGAAUUGGAAGUUAAGCAAUCAGCUCAUGAACCAACAAUGACGGAACGAUUCGCAAUUAUAAAAUUAUCAACAAAUGUUUAUUGGAGGGGUUCUGGAUAGAAAUUCGACUAAUAUGAACACUUAUAAAAGUACAAACCUCUGUUUAAUAUAUUCAGAUAAAGCUAAAUUUAAUCUACAUGGAGAACAUAACUAUAAGUAUGCGUCGUCUACAGCAAAACAUCUACAUUUUCAUAGAUGACGGUAACCAACUACAUAUAUGCGAAUCGAGAACAAAACUGGAUACCAGCAGUUAACUUAAAACUUGUAAUAAAUAGCUGAACUUUAGUUGUGUUUUAUACGUCUUUUGGAUGAUUUAGAUUUUUACUUAUUUCAAAACAACGAUUCAUCCAAAGUCGGUAUCCGUCUCGGUUUUUUGCAAUAAUUACCGAGAAACAAUUUUGCGUUAUUUAUACAGAUGAUGCAGGCAUCACAUGAAGGCUUACGCAGUACGCGUGUCACUUCGUUUCAAGUAGAACAGUACCCUAAUCAUGGUUCAGUUGUAUACGAAGCACAGCUUGUAUUGGGUAAAGAAUUGAACCGCCACAGUUACGAUUACCGAACGCAAGAUGCUACAAUACGUUAUGAAUCGUGUUGCUCUUGCGAUGCUACUGUUUCAGCGUUUGCUAGCUGUCGCCAGUCCCGAUUAUGGACUACCAAACAGCGUUGUAGGCACCGCGAGAGUGUUGUCCAACGUCGACGAAGCAUCCACCUACCUAGAGACGCUGGCGGCAUCGCAACUAGUGUCUGCAUCGAUAUCGCAAACUGUAUACGGGUUGCCGACCAUCGUCGAAAUCCUACAGGAAACGGGUACCACUGUUUCGGAGGACGGCACUAAUAUAGCGAACGCACUUUCAACGCUUACCGAAAGUAGCUCGGGCGAUCCAACUGCACUAUUUGAUGCAGUUUUAAGCAGCAUUCAAGACGCACUUGGACGUAUGGCAGAGCUGCUGCCUACGACGAAAUCUAGUUUGUCCGCUAUUAUUGGUAGCAAUGUUCCAGAUCGGCUUACUGAUAGCUUCGGACGGAUAGACACCGGUUUAAGGAUACUGCAGACACAGAUUGAAACUCUGAAGUCGGCCAUUCUUGCAGCCGUAGCGGAGGCUGGUUCAGCGACGUCUAUUUCGUCGGCCAUACUUGGGAAGCAUAUAACAGCGCAAAAGGUGUAUAAUGUGGCACGGACUGUGAAGAACUUGCGUGCCUUCCUGCCCGUGGUUCGAUACACGCUUAACACAUCCAUCGAAGAUGCGGUGGAGGCUGACAAUUACCUGACGGCAUACAACUCUGCCUUGGAAUCGUUGGAAGGCAUGGUAACUAACAUUAUGGAAUCGCUAAAUGCUGCUAAGCAAAGUUUCUACGAUACGGUAGAGUCAGGUGUACAAGAACUCGCUGCAUCCUAUUUGUACGCGAAUGAAGAUACCCUAUCGCUGCCAAUAAGCGAAGACCCCGACCUAGGAGCCGAGAUCACUGCUAUGCUGAGCAAAUUCACCACCACUUUGGGAGACCCGGAGAACGAUCUACUAUCCGUUGCGACUCAGCUGCAGAACUAUCUGAACGCUAUCAAUAGCAUGGUUUCGAUAAACGAUCCGGAAGUGGUGUCCAUCAGCGAUAGUGAAUUGAUUAAGGCACUGAUCCAAACUCUUAUCUACAGUGGACCGUACUCUCGCUACUGUUUUCACAAGUACAAGGACCUAGUGAGUUACCUCAGCAACUAUCUGCUCAAUGAAUCGAUCAUCUGCAUCGAUCGAGAGAUACCACGGCUAGCAAACCUCGCCACAGCUGUACAGUCCAUUCUCGAUGUAAAUGCAUUCGAUUUUGAGGAUAUUUACGACUAUCUAACCAUAUGCAACGAGCUGCAGGCAGCAACCGAUCGGACGGAUUGUGUCGCAAGGAUUGGGCAAUCAUACACACCGCUGGGAGACUACUUUGCUGACAAGUACGAUCUACUAUUCGAUCUGACAACCAGCGAAGUAAAUGCAAGUAAACAGAGAGUAAAAAUUUGCAUCAAUCUAUCCAGACGCUCGAUUUCCGAUGGAUACAUUUCCGAUCUGCAGGAUGACAUCGAACAGUGCGCUACGAAGGGUCCAAAUGAAUAACUUUGUUACAAUAAAAUAGAUGCAAUACUAAAACAUUCAA